GUUUGUCAAAUUGACAUUUCGUGUUCAGAGUAGAAACCAAGACAAAACCUGAAUUUAGAAAUUAAUACGUUUAUUACUGCUUGUUUUUAGGAAAUGGCAGUGAAUUUUGUUAAAUUUAAUUGUAUUUAAAUGCUUGGUUUAUUGUUCUUGGGAGCUACAUCAUAUAAACCUAAAUAUUGCAGUUUGUUGAGUCCGGUCAGAAUGUCUGACGAUGCGGAGCAGCAAGCCGAGGAGGUCGAAGUGUUGAAGUCUAUAUACGACGGCGACGAGAACUUUAAGCAAGUCAAUCCUAAAACAUAUCAGUAUAAGUACAUUGAUGGUGAGAAGUCAUUUAUAUUAGAAAUAUCCUGGGGGGACACAUACCCCACAGAGAAGCCUAACUUUAAUCUAGAAAUCUUUUAUAAUCAACACUUAUUACCAGCAGUGAAGGACAAAAUCCUGUCAAUAGUAAACGAGGAAGCAGAGCAAUGGCUGGGCUGCGCCAUGACGUAUACCUUGUUCGAGUGUCUGAAGGAGCGGGCGGCGGAGAUCCUGUCCGAGCAGUCAGAGGAGGCGAUAGUGGCGAGGGUCGAGAAGAUAGUUAUUGAGGACCAGGAGUCGGAGUCGAGGCAGGUGGAGAAGAAGGAGCAGCUGACGAAGGCGCAGAAGCGGCGCGCGUGGGACCGCGCCGAGAUGGGCCGCGCGGGCGAGCGGCCGCGCGGCUGGGACUGGGUCGACAUCGUCAAACACCUCUCGCAGGUCCCGCACGCGCACACGCCCACCGCGUGACCCGCCCGGGACCCGCCGCGAGACGCUAGCGGACCUAGGGGGCGUCCCCGAACACCUCUUAGGAUUAUUAUGUUAUGAUGUGAGCUUAGCGAUGCGUUUGAUUAAAGUUCCCACAUAUGGCCGGUAUCGGUAAUAUAAAAUAUAUCAUCUGGUAUUUUCAGAUUUAAUAAUUUCCAUUUGUAAACAAGUUACACUGCGCUAUUAGGAUGUCUUCGUUUGACAUGCUCUCUGUCUUCAUUUGACUCUUCGUGAAAAGUAGCCUGUAAGAAGAUCCUUCUUCUAAAAUAAACGUUCAUAACUGAAUAUUGUGAAACGACUUCAUAAUUAUGUUUACGAUAAAAGUCAACUUCUCCAUCCCGAGAGCUAAGUCAAAUGAGCUGUAGGUGGUAGUAAAUGUUUGUUAACAUAUUAGGUAAAUGUGGAUCUGAUCUGUAUCUAUUUACUCUACAAGUAUUCGUAUUUAAAAAAUUGCUUGGGAACUGCCUAAUCGUAUGUACGUUGUCUAAUGUUGAAACAGCUUUUCUAGUAUUUUCUACUGGAUUUUUUGUAUAUUUUGUAUGAAUGCACUCCUUUACUAAAGUUACUUGAUGUAAUUAAUAAUGCAUAUUGUAAAUGAAAUAUAAUAAUAUUAUUAGAAA